AUGACUCUUGCUAGCCCCCUCCUCCUCCUGCUGGGAGGCCUCAUCCUGAGUGGAGCAGCCGCCUCCCCCUCCCCACCUUCCUCGGUGACCCCCUUGAGCUGCUGGUUCGUGGAGGAGGGGUCCAGAGGGGGCUCCGUGAUGCCCAGCUCCCUCCAGCAGAGCCCGGCCCUCCUCUUCCUGGCCCCCCCGGGAAGAGAAGGAGCAAAGCUUGACCGGGGCCAGAUGGAGGCCCUGCUGACCCCCCAAGUCCAGCCCGGGAUGGCCUUCCACGUCAUUGACCCUUCGGGAACAUUAUGGAGCAAAGGCGGCGGCCUCGGAGGAGUAGGAAGCAUUGGGGGUGACAUCCCCAAGCCCUUCUGGCAACAGCCCGGCCCCAGUCCCCAGGCGGAGGAGGAGGAUGAGGAGGAAGAGGGAGGGGCCCCCAUGGGGGAAGCAUCCUGCGAGGUGAACCCGUACAUCCCGCAGGAGUCCCACGUCUCCUGGGCGUCCGGCCUCGGGGGCCAAGAGGGCUGUCCCCGCUCCCUGGAUGGGAAGUGGUUCAUUGCCUCCCUCCGCAGCCCCGCGGCCGGGUACGGGGUCAGCGCCAUCAUGCACGCCGAGGGGAUGCCCUCUCUGCCUUCAUCACGGAAACCCCAGCAGGAGGAGGCCGACGUGGUCACCACGGCAACAGUGGUGCUGUCGGUCUUCACGCGGACCCCGCUGGUGUCCUCCCGCCUGGGCCAGGAUGUGCUGCUUGACUGUGGCUUCUCGGGGCCCUCGGGGGCCCCCUUCUCAGUGGAGUGGCGCCACCAGCACGGCGGAGCGGGGCGUGUGAUCCUGGCCUACGACGGGGCGGCCCCUGAGGCAGGGAGAGUCUCCGUGGCAGAGGAGGGGGCCCGCCUCUUCCUGGACCCCUUGACGGGGAAUGCCUCCCUGCAGCUGCGAGCGGUGGGGCCCCACCAGGAGGGCGUCUACAUCUGCACCCUCUUCCUGCCCCACCUCCAUGCCCAGCAGGCCAUCCGCCUCCGCGUCCUGGAGCCCCCCACGAUCUCCCUGCGCCUGUCCCCUGUCCUGGUGGUGGCCCCCCACUCCCCGGCCGAGCUGGCCUGCGAGGUCUCGGGCCACUUUCCGCAGAGUGCCUCCGUCUCUUGGGGGCUGCGCGGGGGGGCCCUGGGCGGGGCGCUGCAGAGCUGGGAAUCGGGGCACCACCAGUCCCCCGAGGGCACCUUCCGCUUCACCAGCUUUGCUCGGCUGCCCCCCCUCCGGCCCCAGGACCAUGGCGUCUCCGUUGAGUGCCGCGUCUCCCACCCAGCCCUUGGGGAGGGCAGCCUGCGCCAGAGCGUCACUGUCCACAUCGCAGGCUCCUCGGGCCCCUCCCUGGAGGACGCGGUGGGCUGCUUCCUCAUCGCCUUUGCCCUCUAUGGACUGCUGCAGGCCUUCUUCCAGAAGGUGUUUCCAGAGAAAAAACCAACAGAGAAAGCCAAGUCGGAGAAACUGGAAUGAACUGGCGAGACUGGGAAAUCCCCUCAAUGUGACAGAAAGGGCUGCAAGUCUGUUUCUGUGUCUCCCUCUGCGUGGAUGGAUGGACGGACGGACAGGGAGAGAGAGGGGCUUCCUUUGCGUUUUCUGUGCUGCAUUUCUGCCGGCGAUUGAUGUCUUGCUUCCCUUCUUCUCUCUUCUUGACCUUCUCCCUUUCCUUGAUGCUGGAGAGAGCUUUUCUGGGCUCCAGAGAAGAUUGGAAGGGGACCCCAAAGGCCAUCCAGCCCACCCUCCCCAUAGCAGCACAUGGUGGGGAGCUGCUUGCAGGGAGCAAUAAUUGGGGUCCUUGCCCCUGCCUUCCCCAACUGGAAUGUCCCCGUUUCUCCCCUUUGGUCAGGCUCCAUGCUGGGUGUGUCUGCACUGUAGGAUUAAUGCAGU